AUGACCCAGCAAAAACUCGUAAUUUCGCGGCAGAGCAAAAAGAAGACCGUUAGAAAAUCUCGUUCAAAAAAGGCUAAUUUAAAAUUCCCCGUUGCUCGUAUACACCGUUAUUUGCGUAAGGGUCGUUAUGCAGAACGUAUAGGUAAAACGGCUCCCGUGUGUUUGAGUGCUGUUUUACAAUAUUUAACAUCAGAAUUAAUAGAACAGGCCGGCUAUAUUGCAAACGAGCGUAAAGGAAGAAUUGAACCGCGAGAUAUAAAAUUUGCAAUUGCCCUAGAUGAAGAUCUGAAGAAUUUUUUACCAAACAUAACCAUUCCGAAGAGUCAAAUGUUUUUGUAUGUGGAACCGGCUUUAUUUAAUAAGAAGUGAAUAUAUGUACAUAUGUAUGUAGAUUUAUGGUGUUAAUAAUUUUGUUUUAUUUUUUAAUAAAAUAUUUAAA